CCCCCCCGGAAGCCUCCAUCGUCAUCAGCAACGUGUGCAGCGUGGGGCGGGGGGGGGAGGACGAGGAGGAGGAAGAGCCGCCCCCCCCCCCCCGCGGAACAGCCCAUGGCCCGCGGCGGGGGGGGGGGAGGAGCCCAGAACAGCCCCUUGCGGGAGGAGCACGUGACCUGCGUCCAGAGCAUACUGGACGAGUUCCUACAGGCCUAUGGGAGCCUCAUCCCAGUAAGCACCGAGGAGGUGGUGGCCAAACUGGAGGACAUCUUCCAGCAGGAGUUCAGCACCCCCCAGAGGCGGGUCUCGGUACAGCAGCUGCUGCAGUCCUACCAGCGCCUACCGGGCACUGCUCUGCUCAGGGGGUUCCGGGUCAGCUACAAGCGUCACGUGCUCACCAUGGACGACCUACAGACCCUAUAUGGGCCCAACUGGCUCAAUGACCAGGUGAUGAACAUGUAUGGGGACCUGGUGAUGGACGCGGUACCCGACAAGGUCCACUUCUUCAACAGCUUCUUCUAUGACAAGCUGAGGACAAGAGGCUAUGAGGGGGUGCAGCGUUGGACCAAGAACGUGGACAUCUUUGGCAAGGAGCUGCUGCUCAUCCCCAUUCACCUGGAGGUUCAUUGGUCAUUGGUGGCUGUGGAUGUCACCAGACGUCGCAUCACUUACUUCGACUCCCAGCGCACCCUCAACCGCCGCUGCCCCAAGCACAUCUGCAGGUACCUGCAGGCUGAGGCUGACAAGAAGGAACGUCCUGACUUCCGGGAGGGCUGGAGGGGGGCGUUCAAGAUGAACGUGGCUCGGCAGAACAAUGACAGUGACUGUGGGGCCUUCGUGCUGCAGUACUGCAAGUUCCUGGCCCUGGGCCGCCCGUUCAGCUUCACGCAGCAGGACAUGCCCCAGCUCCGGCGCCUCAUGUACAAGGAGCUGUGUCACUGCAAGCUGGCCCUGUGAGGGGGGGGCUGCCCCCCCAUGACCCCCCCAUGACCCCCCCAUCAC